AUGACAUUGAACAUCUUUGACUUUGAUUCCACAUUAUUCAAGUCACCAGAACCCAAUCCAGCUCUUUGGAACUAUCACAAGAUUGGAAAGCUCAAGUCAAUGACUUCGGAUGGUGGUUAUGGAUGGUAUCAAGACACACUCACACUUGAUGUUCCCUUUGUCCCUGAACAGCCAUCACGUCGAUGGUUCAAUGAGGAGAUUCUCGACCUUGCUUUGAGUUCAUCGCACAGUGAGGACCAUGUUUGUGUACUGCUCACAGGAAGAUCGACACUCUUUGGAGACAUCAUCAAUCGUAUCGUUUCGUCGGUGCAGUUGGAGUUUGAUCACAUUGGAUUGAAGCCCAUUGGACAUGACGCACCCAAUACCUUUGACUUUAAGAUCGACUACAUAACACAGUUGCUCGAGACUUAUGGCGAGCGAGUGGACAAGCUGGUGAUAUACGAGGAUCGCAAGAGACAUGCCGAGAGAUUCCAACAAUGGAUAGAUUCGCAACUGAUCAAGAGCAGGCGACUGAGUGCUGGUCGUGUCAUAUUGGUGCAGCCCAUACCCAAGUACCUGCCAGCAGAUCUUGAGAAGCAGCUGGUCAAUCAGCUGAUGAACAAGCAACAUCAAGGAGGUGGCGGUGGAGGUUACAAAAGAAGAAACUACAAAUGA